AUGACAACUACAACUGCAGCACCUACUUCAACAACUACAACUGAAGCUCCUACAAUAACCACAACUGCAGCACCUACUACGACAACUACAACCGAAGCUGCUACGACAACCACAACUUCAGCGCCUACUACGACUACUACAACACCUACUGCGACAACUACAACACCUACUACGACAACCACAACACCUACUACGACCACCACAACUGCAGCACCUACAACAACAACUGUAGCUCCUACGACCACAACUACUACUACAACACCUACUACGACAACUACAACACUUACUACGACAACCACAACUGUAGCUUCUACGACAACCACAACUGCUGCUCCAACAACAACAACUGUAGCUCCUACGACCACUACAACUACAGCACCUACUUCAACAACCACGACAACCACAACUGCAGCACCUACUACGACAACUACAACACCUACUACGACAACCACUACGACAACCACAACUGUAGCUCCUACGACAACCACAACUGCAGCUCCAACUACAACAACCACAACUGCAGCACCUACUACGACAACUACAACCGAAGCUGCUACGACAACCACAACUUCAGCGCCUACUACGACUACUACAACACCUACUACGACAACUACAACACGUACUACGACAACCACAACACCUACUACGACAACCACAACUGUAGCUCCUACGACAACCAAAACUUCAGCUCCAACGACCACAACUGUAGCUCCUACGACAACCACAACUUCAGCUCCAACGACAACAACUGUAGCUCCUACGACCACCACAACUGCAGCACCUACAACAACAACUGUAGCUCCUACGACCACAACUACCACUUCAACAACUACAACUGAAGCUCCUACGAUAACCACAACUUCAGCGCCUACUACGACAACUACAACACCUACUACGACAACUAAAACACUCACUACGACAACCACAACUGUAGCUUCUACGACAACCACAACUGCUGCUCCAACAACAACAACUGUAGCUCCUACGACCACUACAACUACAGCACCUACUUCGACAACCACUGCAGCUCUUACAACCACGACACUAGCAGCAACUACUUCGACAACUACACAUGCAGUUCCUACAACAACUGAAGCACCUACGAUAACCACAACACCUACUACGACCAUUACAACAGCAGCACCUAUAACAACUCUCCUACGACCACAACUACACCACCUACUUCAACAACCGCUGCAGUGUGCUAUAACCACUAAAACUGCAGCACCCACUUCAACAACUACAACCGAAGCUCCUACAAUAACCACAACUGCAGCACCUACUACGACAACUACAACCGAAGCUGCUAUGACAACCACAGCUUCAGCGCCUACUACGACAACUACAACACCUACAACACUUACUACGACAACCACAACACCUACUACGACAACCACAACUGUAGCUCCUACGACAACUGCAACUGCUGCUCCAACGACAACAACUGUAGUUCAUACGACCACUACAACUGCAGCACCUACUUCAACAACCACUGCAGCUCUUACAACCACUACACCAGCAGCACCUACUACGACAACUACAACUGCAGUUCCUACAACAACAACAACUGAAGCUCCUACGAUAACCACAACGACAACUACAACUGAAGCUGCUACGACAACCACAACUGCAGCACCUACUACGACAACUACAACACCUACUACGACAACUACAACACCUACUACGACAACUACAAAACCUACUACGACAACCACUACCACAACCACAACUGUAGCUCCUACGACAACCUCAACUGCAGCUCCAACUACAACAACUGUAGCUCCUACGACCCCCACAACUGCAGCACCUACAACAACAACUGUAGCUCCUACGACCACAACUACACCACCUACUUCGACAACCGCUGCAGCAUCUGCUAAAAUUACUACAACUGACGCUUCUACAACAUCAUAUGUAGCUCCUAAAACCACUAAAACUGCAGCACCUACUUCAACAACUACAACUGAAGCUCCUACAAUAACCACAACUGCAGCACCUACUACGACAACUACAACCGAAGCUGCUACGACAACCACAACUUCAGCGCCUACUACGACAACUACGACACCUACUACGACAACUACAACACAUACUACGACAACCACAACACCUACUACGACAACCACAACUAUAGCUCCUACGACAACCACAACUGCUGCUCCAUUGACAACAACUGUAGCUCCUACGACAACCACAACUGCUGCUCCAACGACAACAACUGUAGCUCCUACAAUCACUACAACCGCAGCACCUACUUCAAAAACCAUUGCAGCUCUUACAACCACGACACCAGCAGCAUCUACUUCGACAACUACACAUGCAGUUCCUACAACAACUGAAGCACCUACGAUAACCACAACACCUACUACGACCAUUACAACAGCAGCACCUAUAACAACUGUAGCUUCUACGACGACAACUCUCUAUCCUACUACCACUACAACUGCAGCAACUACUACGACAUCCACAACUGUAACUCCUACGACAACCACAGCUGCUCUUACAACCACUACACCAGCAGCACCUACUUCGACAUCUACAAAUGCAGUUCCUACUACAACGACAACUGACACUCCUACGAUAACUACAACACCUACUACGACCAUUACAACAGCAGCACAUAUAACAACUGUAGCUUCUACGACAACAACUAUUUAUCCUACUACCACUACAACUGCAGCAACUACUUUGACAAUCACUACAGCUCCAACUACAACAUCUGUAGCUCCUACGACCACUACAUACUACGACCACUACAACAGCAGCACCUACAACGACAACUGUAGCUCCUACGACAACCACAACAGCAGCACCUACAAAAACAACUGUAGCUUCUACGACAACAAAUUUAUCCCCAACCACUACAACGUCAGCAGCUACUGCGAAAAUCACUUCAACUCCUACUACAACAACUGUAGCUCUUACAACCACUACGACUGCAGCACAUACUACAACUACAACUAA